GGAAGUAUGAGGCUUAGCGGACACCGGCGCCCGGAAGGUCAGCGUGUGAAGGAGUCGGUGGUAACGCGCGUCUCCCCGCUGUUACUGAAGAGCGACGGCCGGACGGGCGACCGCGGCCUGAGGCGGUGGUGAGGGGCCGACGGGCAGUUUGCGGCGAGGCCAUGGAGGGCGGCGGGGGAAGCGGCAACAAGACCACCGGGGGGUUGGCCGGCUUUUUCGGAGCCGGCGGAGCUGGUUACUCGCACGCGGAUUUGGCCGGAGUCCCGCUGACUGGUAUGAAUCCUCUCUCUCCUUAUUUAAAUGUGGAUCCACGGUAUCUCGUGCAGGAUACAGAUGAGUUUAUUUUACCAACCGGAGCUAAUAAAACCCGGGGCAGAUUUGAACUGGCCUUUUUCACCAUUGGAGGAUGUUGUAUGACAGGGGCUGCAUUUGGGGCAAUGAACGGUCUACGGCUAGGAUUGAAAGAAACCCAGAACAUGGCCUGGUCCAAACCAAGAAACGUACAGAUUUUGAACAUGGUGACGAGGCAAGGGGCACUUUGGGCUAAUACUCUAGGUUCUCUGGCUUUGCUUUAUAGUGCAUUUGGUGUCAUCAUUGAGAAAACACGAGGUGCAGAAGAUGACCUCAAUACAGUAGCAGCUGGAACUAUGACGGGCAUGUUGUAUAAAUGUACAGGUGGUCUUCGAGGGGUAGCACGAGGUGGUCUAGCAGGACUGACACUUACUAGCCUCUAUGCACUAUAUAACAACUGGGAGCACAUGAAGGGCUCUUUGCUCCAACAGUCACUCUGAAGAUUCUGCCAACUUGUGACUAGAGGACACUUUAGUAGUCAUCCAGAUCAAUGUAUGAGUCCGUCUGGAGUUCUCUUCUAUACCUACAAAUAGUUUGAAAAAUUGUGCGGAUUUCCGAAUUGCUGUGAUGAAGAUGGUUGACUAGACUGGCUUUCCUUCCAGCCAUUAGUGAGUUGAAGCCAAAACCCUUUGGUGGCUGAGUAAUAUGGUUCUUUUUCAAGAUCUUGCACCUGUUCUCUUUGUUACCUCCUGAACUGGAAGACAAACCACUUACUCCCAUCAUUCAGGUCAUUCUUGUUGUCAAUACUAUAUUCACCAUGUUUGUUCAUUUAAUGAUCCAAGACUGUAAUAUUGCCUUGUAUUCCCAAUAAAGUGUGAAAAACCAAAGUCCACUCCAACGUAAA